ACCCGUUCGGAACACCUUCCAAAAGUACGACAACCAAAACAAGCAGACGACACGGAAUAUCCCGAUCAGCUGUUUGUGUGUGUUGUUUGCAGACAGACAGAAUACUUAAGAAAGUACUGCGAUUCCAUACUCAUGAUACCUUUUAGGACUACCAAAAAGACAUUUAAGAAUGAAGAAAGUAGAAAACUUCAAAGUAUUCCUUUGGUUGGACUAGAUGCAAAUGACAGCUGCAAAGUACAGGUCGUAAAAGGUCGUGAUACCCACCAGGACUUUUUAAGUUUGGUUGACAGUUUUUGCUACAAGGAUUUUGACGAAUCCAGUGAAGAGCACAGGGUGAAGAGACCACGGCUAGCUCUUCGUGAUGACGAGAGAAUUCCAGUCUACAGAUUUACAGGAGCGGGAUUUUAUACGGAACAUUGUGUAUCCAAUCGACAUCAUUUUGCUGUAAAGAGGACGGAAAUGCGGGCAUACUUCAGACUUCUGGAAGAUGAUGUUAUUCACGAUUUUCUACUGAGAGACAGUUGCAAAAGGAUCUCCGAUAAGUAUCUAUUGGCAAUGGUGUUUGCAUACUUUAAAAGAGCACAAAUGAAAACACGGGAUUAUACCAGAAUGAACUUCUUCCUUGCUCUUUACCUCGCCAAUGACAUGGAGGAAGACGAAGAAGACUAUAAAUACGAGAUUUUCCCUUGGGCUUUGGGUAAAAAAUGGAAGGACAGAUUCCCGCGUUUUCUCAGGAAGAAGGAUUUGUUCUGGGCUAGAAUAUCGUACCGGGCUGUUGUCAGUCGGCGCUGUUGCGAAGAGAUUAUGGACAUCUAUCCUGACCACGUGUGUUGGAAAAGAAGCCGCCCCCUGCACCACAGUGGUGCCAUCAGGAGUUACGUGCAUGACUCUGAGGGGGAUGACGGAUAUCCCCGCGGUCCAAACGCCAGUCCCCGCCGGUGCCGAGCGUGUGAACCCUUCGACAGUCAGUACGACUCGGCCAGUCCUGACAGGGACGAAUGGAUUUUUUCUGGUGACGACAUCUUCGACAACUCCCAGGAAGACUCCAGAUUUGAUAUGAAACCAUUAAAGAAGAAUCUUCCAAGUAGCAGUACAGACUGGCCCGUGGCUGAGGAGUAAUGUGUGUCCUGUAUAUAUGGAAUAUUUCUUCUUUUCUCUAUCCUUGCUUUCCCUUUAUAUUUUCAUCAUGAAUUAUGAACUUUGACUGAAGCUGUUUCUGUGAUAUUUGAAUUAUGAUGU